AUGAUGAGCCGUGUCUUACUUGGUCUUGCUAUUGCCUUGGUAACUCUUGAAUGUUACUUGGUGAAUGCUCACUACACAAUGAUCUAUCCCACUUCUAGAGGAUUCAAUGAAGACACUGAACCCACUGCUCCAUGUGGUGGUUUCGAUUCUGUCAGCAGCUCUCGUGUCAAAGUACCUAAGAAUGCCUUUGUUACUAUCAAUUCUGGUCAUGUCUCUUACUCUUACCAAAUCAAUGCUGUAUAUAGCAACAAUCCUAACACAAGUGAUUUCUCCGGUUCUGCUGUCAAGCAAUUGGCUCAAGGUACUCGCUCCUACCCUGAAGCUUCUUGUUUAGCCUUCCAAUUUGGUAGUGAUGUUCAAGAUGGUACAAAUGCCACACUUCAAAUCGUGUACAAUGGUGGUGAUGGUAUGUUAUACCAGUGUGUUGAUGUUACUGUAGACAGCUCUGCUAGCUACAAUUCUUCCAUGUGUUAUAAUGCCGAUAGUUCUACUACCAACACAAGUGGUAACAGCAGCUCCACUGCUACUACAGGCUCUGGUAACACUAGCUUGGGUUCAUCUGUUACUGUCACCACAGGUUUGACAUUGAUGGUUGCUGUCGGUAUCUCAUUUUUGUUGGCUUAA